AUGGCGACUGGUGGCGAAGGAAUUACCUUGUGGUACCAGAGAGAAGUGACUAUUCCUGCUAAAAAAAGAGGGUGUCAUUAUAUAUCAGACGAUAUACUGAAAGCAUGCAAAGAAGAGUUAAAUCAGAUCAAGUUUGGGACAGCUCAUAUUCAUAUAAAACAUACCUCUGCAAGUAUAAUAUUAAAUGAGAAUUAUGAUCCAUCAGUCCUAACAGACAUGGAAAUGGUUUUAAAUAAGCUUGCCCCAGAGAAUCUGAAUUAUAAACAUACAAUGGAGGGACCUGAUGAUAUGCCAGCACAUGUCAAGGCUGCCCUGAUGGGGAGUAGUGUGACUGUGCCAAUCACAAAUGGCAAAUUUAACAUGGGAACAUGGCAGGGAGUUUGGCUAUGUGAACACCGGGAUCAUGGAGGUUCAAGAAAGCUAGUGGUUACAAUUAAUGGACUCAAGAAAUGA